GCCAGGGACUUUCCAGGCUGAGGCCACACUGCUUUCUUUCGUUUACUGACAAAAGCACACAUUUUACUUCCUCACUUAAAUGCAAUUAUUCCAUAGGGAAUCAGUAUGAUUUCAGGAUUACUUGUCCGAUGUGAGCAUCAAACUCUCCCUAAAGUCAUGAAGUUCAACAAAGAUUUUAAAAUCUGUAGUCUGUUGGUAGUCUUUGGAUUUUUAUCUUGUUUGGAAAUCUGGACAGCAACAUACAUUCUUAAGCAAGUAUAUCUGAUCCAAGAGGAAGUAACUUCUCAUGAUAUUCUACGGUGUAUGAAGUACCUGAAUGCCAGUAACUUGGAAGAUCUUUUCAUUUCUGGAGAUGCCAUAUGUGAUAGAUGGCUACAAGAAGUUAAAAGCACAAUAGAAAAGCAGCUAAAUCUUGAUGUGAAAAACAAACUGAUGAAAGAACUGAAAGCCAAAAACAUCUCUUUCAGCAAUGCCUACAUCCCCAGCAUCCAGUUAACAGGAAAGAACAAUAGACAAGUUUUAAAAACUGAGACUGCACCCCUCUACUAUGACCGUGCAGCAGGACGUGACGUUCUGUACUGGGAUGAAACAAGUGGUCAUUCAUUACGACAAGGAGUUAUAGAUUACAACAAAGGAGAAAUCCACAUACCAGAGGAUGGCCUGUACUUUGUCUACUCACAGAUUUACUUCAGGCAUGCUUUAAGUUCAGAAUAUUCAGAGACUUUUGUCCAGUAUAUCUAUAAGAAAACAUCAUACUUGGAUCCAAUUCUUCUGACUAAAGCUGUCUUCACUGGAUGUUCAGAUAAAAAUGCAAACUUUUUACUGUAUUCCAGUUACCAGGGUGCACUUUUUGAACUAAAGCAGGAGGACAGACUCUUUGUAAAAGUAACCAAUGCAAAGUAUCUGAGCUUUGAGGAUACAGCCACUCAUUUUGGUGUCUUUAUGCUUCAGUAAUAAAAUAUUUAAUGUUCCGUACUGUAUGCUAAUGAAACACUGCAACAAUGCUUCUUCUAGGUGUCCUUCAAUUUGAGUUGCAGACAUCUGCUUAUAGGAGCAUUUACCUUUUGUUUUGUAAUUUGUGCUGGCCCCUAAAGAUGUGAAAGUGACAAGCUAUGUAAUUAUUUCUGUGCGGCUAAUAUAGAAUGUCACAUCCCUGAAGAAGACUGUGGCAUUAAGGAACUGUGCAUGUAAAGAAGGUCUGAGUACAUAAACAUUACUACUACUGGAAGCAAAACAGUUUAUUGGACUGCAGUUUUUACAUAUCCCAAAAGACAUUAACGUUGUACAGGCAGCUCUAAAUGUUUGCAAUCGUAAUGUUAUAUACACACACACUCUAAAAAGGUUGUUAUAGGGAUCUUUGAAUGUACUCACCAAAUAAACAUUGACUAUGAAAACUGAACAAACUUAAGCCCAUUUUGCUUGACAGCCAUAAAAGUCAGUUUUCAUUCAUGUCUUCAUGGGGCUAGCAAAAUCCUGGUUAAUUUCACAAGCCACUGAUUUGUUAUUGUGUGCAAAAUAAUUUUAAACUGUAGUGAAGUGUUUAAUUGCUGAAACAGUGGUUAAUACUCUGUCUAGAUUUCCAUCACAUGUUCCAAAUGAUUGCCAUUGUCAUAACAAAGUACGGAUAUUACCAGUUACAACAUGAAUGUAACACAUACAUCUGUUAACCAGGUUUGCCCACUGAACACAAAUGUCCCUUUUCAAAGGCAACCUGGAAGCAUUGCAUGGUCAAGUGAUUUGCUUAAGAUCACCCAACUAACAAAUGGAGGUGAAAGAAAUCAAAACUUGCUGCUUAGAUUUACUAGGUUACUGCAAUGCAAAAAUGAUUUGUAUUAAUGAAUUUUAGUUUAACUUGGUAUACUACAUGACUUCUGAGUGAGAAGGUAUGCUUAACACUGAGCCGGACUCAGUUUUAUUAAUAGUAUAGAGAUAAGGAUGCAAGUAUUGACUCAUAUGGAAUCUUCAGGUAAGAUAUGAUGUCUAGGAGCUUGAGUUUCUCCUACACAUGGUUAACACUAACAUUAACAACCCAGUAGCUGAACAGAAUCAGCAGAAGUCACCAUCCAUGACUAACCACAAGACUGUCAUGAAUGCUAACCCUCCACUCGCAAAAACAUGCCUUCAGUCUUAUUUUUCAUGUAAACCCUUGUUUUUUGAGUUUCAAAAUCCACGAGUACUGUACCACUGAAGUUAAAUCCCCAGGGAGAUUUCCCUCACAGUAAAUCAGCAAACCUGAGUAAAGUGGUGGGCUGAUCAGUGAAUGGGUCAGUUUUUAUGUGAUGAUGUAUAUCUAUGUUUCUUUCUGUGUGUUUUGUGUAAUGCUGGACAUUAUGGCAGACCACUUUAUGUAAUUUAGCUUUGAUCACAUCCUACUCCAUGGCUUUAUGUGCACCAGCUGCAGCUUGCUGUGUGACUUUCAUCAGUGUUUGUUUGGCACCAGUUUCUGUGUUGGUUCCUACACUGUGGUUAAGGCUGUGUAGUACAAUGCACUGAUUAAAAGACAGUACGUCUUAAACUGCUAAAUGGACUACUGAUGUUACAGUGCAGCAAAUUAUGCAGUUGCUUAAAUGCUAUGUUCCUCCUAGAAACAAUCGGAAUGAGCAUGUCUAUUGUGCCAGAAGUCAGUGUAUAAUAUGGUACAGAGUAAUAAUUAAGCAGUUGAAUGUAAUAUAUGUUCAUGCAUGGAACUUUCUGCUUAUGAUUUUGUGCCUUUUGUCUGAGACAAGAAGCAUGGGCAAAUAAAUAAAAUUGGAAAAGGCAAAGAUAAUAAAGCAGGUCUUUGUGUGAGGGUCAGACACUGAGCUGUAAAACAAAAUAAUAUAAUGCAUUGCAAGUUUAUAUGUAAAUGUACGUAUGUAUAAAAUGCUCAAAUGUAAGUCAUAAUCUCCAGAGUUUAUUUUGCAGAACAUAGUCAAUUUCUUUCACAGAAUGUUUUGACAAUAAAAGUGCUUAUGUGUAGCAUCAAAAA